AAUAAAAUAAAAGAAGAAAAUACGGUUUAAAUUCCAUUUCACAAGAAUGUAAACAAAAAUACUGUAUGCUUUAAUAUGAAGAAAAAGGGAAAUAAUUACAAUGUGUAUUAUUAUUUCCUAGUUUUAAUCCGAAUACUAUUAGUUUUUAUACCCCAAACUGGCUAUAUUCAUCCAGAUGAAUUUUUCCAAUCUUUGGAAGUUUUAGCAGGGAAACUUCUAGAUGUUCAAUGUAGUCCACCAUGGGAAUUUAAUGUAACCACUCCCAUACGCAGCAUGACAAUUCCUUAUUUCACCAUGGGAUUAAGUUACACAUUUUUAAGAGACGCAAAUGAUCUAAGCAAAUCUUAUUUUAACCAAGCCUUGCUAACACCUUAUAUGCUGCUUACUAUCCCUAGGUUCAUAAUGUGUCUAUUAACUUUCCUUAUAGACUACUGUCUAUACAAAAUCUGCAUUAAUAAUAAUGAGAAAUAUAAAUCACGAUUAAUAAUGUUAGCUAGCUCAUAUAUUAUCAUCAUUUAUGGUACUAGGACGUUUUCAAAUACUAUCGAGUUGAUUCUGUUUUCCCUAUUGUUGUAUUUUGUUGGUGAAAGUUUGAUUUUUAACAAUACUUUAUUGAAGAAAAAGGACUAUAUAAAUUAUAGAUAUGAACAAUGUAAAACAACAGCUGAUAAAGCAAAGUUUCAUAAAUUAAAACUUUACUUGGUAUCAGAUUCCUAUAGAAAUUGCUUUGUUAUUAGCACUAUAACAGUUUUCGGUUUCUUCAAUAGACCAACUUUCCUAGCAUAUUCAGUUAUUCCCAUAUUUUUCUGGUUAUACAGAGGUAUUGGUAAGAAAACAAUUUCUCCUCUAACUCUCAAUUGCAGGGUACUAGUCUUCGCCUUAUGCUCAAUCCCUUCAUUUCUUUUUAAUAUAUUAGUUGAUUCAUUUUAUUAUGGUCAUAUAACUUGGGGGGAAAUUGGUAUGUUGGAUGUUACUAUGGAUAAAUUUGUUUUCACUCCAUUAAAUUUCUUGAAAUAUAAUAGCAAUUUGGAUAAUUUGGCUGUACAUGGAUUGCAUCCUAGAUUUUUGCAUGUCCUGGUGAAUAUUCCUUUACUUUUUAAUUUACUGGGAAUUUUCGCUCUCUGCACAGUAGGAAAAUAUGUAUAUUUGUGUUAUUUGAAGAAGUUCAACCUACUACCAUCACUAAGAAGUAUUAAAUGCCUGAUGACUCUCUCAUUCAUAGUCCCUUUGGCAGCUUUGUCAAUAUUUCCCCAUCAAGAACCACGUUUUUUAAUUCCACUCAUUUUCCCAUUAAUCUAUCUGUAUGCCUCAUCUAUACUACCAGAAACUGAUGUAGCUUUAGUUGAAGUUCCUAACGUACCAUAUGUAACACAAUCAAGAAAAACAUUCAAUAAUUAUAGUUUUAUUAGAAUUUGGUUGAUGUUGAACUUUAUAUUCAGUUUAUUUUAUGGUUUUUUGCAUCAAGGUGGAGUGUACCAAGCUACAGAAUAUUUAUCUCUCCAGAUGAAGGUAGUGCCAACUAAUGUUCAGUACAAUAUCAUAACUAGUCAUGUAUAUUCAAUACCAGAGUCGUUAUUUUUACAAAAAUCGGGUUAUCAACUGUACUUAAAAGGUAAGAAGAAUAGUAUUUUAAAAAAGAAGGUGUUUCUUUAUGAAGAAGGUUCUAGAAACGUUUCUUCCGUCCUUGAAAAAACUGUAGGUAUUAUAAAGAGCUCUACUAAACAAUUUAAAACUUUUCUUUUGAUAUCUGGUAGUCUCGAUGAUGAUCUUGAUUAUGCUGUAAGGAAAACAAAUAUAAGAUUAUAUAUGAUCAAAAAGUUCAGUCUUCAUUUGAGUUUAGAGGCUCUUCCUAAUUUAACUACUUAUUGCUUGGAAUUCACAAAAUUUUUGUAUGGUAAUAAUUGUUUGCCUUUACCCAUUGACGAGUAUAUUAAAUGGCUUUAUAGUCUUUUUACUCUUAAUCUAUAUAGAGUGGAAUUGAACAAUUAAUUUUAUUUUAAAAAAUUAUGUUGUGAUGUGAUACAAAGUAAAGACAAAAUAAUCUAUUUUGUACCAUUGGAACCAUAUUUAUUCUAAUUUAUUUAAGGAUAUUAGUUACUAAGUCUACAUUUUUUAAAAAACUGCAUGUUUUUAAGGUAUAUCAUAAUGAAAACACUGAAAAUUUUCAGAAUCAAAUCGUGAUUUUAAAAUAAUGAUAAAGCACUCAAUUUCAUACUAAUUCGAAAUUCAUAAAAAAUCGUUUAUAACAGUGUUAUAAUACUUUAAUUAAUUACAAUUAUAAAUCCAACAAAAAGUGUUUUUAUUCAUUAUUAAGGUAAAAAUAAACUCUAAAAGAUGAAAAUAAACUUGAAGUUUAAAAAUUUAUAUUCCAAAAUAGAAUUUUGCAUAUAGAAAUGGUUAGAUGGAUAUUUGUACAAAAAAAAUUGAAUCAUCUACGUACAGCAUCAAUGUAUAUCGCUCCAAAUCUUUUCAACGAUAUGAGAAUAAAUACAUUGCAUUAAUGUAUUAAUCGCCAGAAGAAAGAAAAAGUUGAGUUUAAUUGAAGGAUAUCUUUUUGAAACAAAACGAUUUUUACGAAGUCCAGAAUAUUAACCGAAGUUUCACAAGAAGCGGAAAAUGAAAAGUAUAAUAAUAGUUAGAGCAAAAAAAUUGAAAAUACACAAACAUUUAGAUUAAUGAAAAUAUCUCGACGCCUAUGGUGAAACAAGUUGCAGUUAAAUUAAUUUUUAAAGAUCAAUUUGUGUUACAUGUUUAACAAAUUUUUCGUAUUAUUUCCAAGUACAAUAUAAUGAGCCCUAGUCUCUAUACAAACGAUAUAAUGCUACACAAAAAAUCUAUUUGACUCUCUACCAUAAAAACUAUAUAAUAUACUUAUAUACUUACUUAUAUAAUAUACUUACAAAUUAA